AAACUCUCUGAAUCGCUCCAAUUCGGUUCUGUGCAACGUUUUGUAUUUGUUGUUGUUUUUUUUUUUUUUUACUGUAGACGUUAUUCACCCGCACGAUUGUCCCUUAAGAAAGACUUGAAAUUGCCCGCCAAUAUUAUAGAAAAUAUAUCAAGCAUAAGCCCCAGCCUGACGAGCAAGAAGUCCAACGAGCUGAUCCAGGGCAGCCUGAGCAGCAUUAAGUACGCGGCCAACUCGCUGACGCGCAAGUUCGAUGAGAUCAAGGGCGCCAUAUCGGCCAACUCGACGCCGGUGAAGACGAACAAUGGGCACCAGCAUGCCCAUCAUCAUCACCACCACCACCACCAUCACCAUCAUCUGCAGCACCACCACCAUCAUCAUCCCCAUCAGCAGGAGGCGUUUGCGGGCGGCGAGGACCAUGACGGCGCUGGCGGUGCCGACGAGGGCAAGUUGAGGCGUGUCUCCAGCGACCUGGAUCCGUGGGGCAGGCUCAGCGAGUCGCGCAAGUCGAGCUACAACAAUCUGGUGCCCCUGGGCGAGAACAGCUCCAAUGCGGCAUUGCACCUGCACUCGCUGCCCGUGCUGCCCGACAAUCUCUACAGCACCCCAGCGGAGAGCAACGGCGAUCCUGACUGCGAUGUGCUGAUACAGCUGACGACCUGCUCCCAGUGCCACAACUGCUCGGUGCUGGUCUACGACGAGGAGAUCAUGAGCGGCUGGUCGGCGGAGGACUCCAACCUGAACACCACGUGCCAUGCGUGCAACAAGCUGACCGUGCCCUUCCUCAGCGUUCAGAUCACGCGCCUGGCGUCCGCCGCCGACGCCGAGAGCAACGGCGAGCGCGUGGCUGCGGACAAGAGCAGCCUGACGGUGCCAUAUCUGAAUCCGCUGGUGCUGCGCAAGGAGCUGGAGAACAUACUCACCCAGGAGGGCGACCUGUCGCUCAUCAAGCCCACGUUCGUCGAGGAGCACCCGAUCAUCUACUGGAAUCUGCUGUGGCUCAUGGAGCGCAUCGAGGGCAAGACCCACCUGCCCGAGCUGUGUCUGCCGCCAACGAGCGAUGAGGAGCAGCUGGAUCCACUGACCAAGGUCAAGACCGUACACAUACAGUGCCUAUGGGAUAACCUAAGCUUGCACAGCGAGACCAGCGGAUCGCCCAUGUACAUUCUCUAUCGACAGACGCAGCCGGCCAGUCCGUUGAUAAAGGCGCUGCUGACCGAUCAGGCGCAGCUCAGCAUGAAUGUCAUUCAGCAAAUCCUCUCGGCGAUUCGCUGCAACGAUCUGGCAACGCCGCUGAAGCGCCUGGCCAACGAACGGCACAAGCUGAAGAGCAGCGGCGUGGAGCGUUCGCACUCGUUCUACCGGGACAUACUCUUUCUGGCGCUGACGGCCAUCGGCCGGGCCAACGUCGACAUGGCCACCUUCCAUCGCGAAUAUGCGGCCGUGUUCGACAAGCUGACGGAGCGCGAGUGCAAUAUGUAUUAUCGCAACCAGGAUCUGCCGCCGUCGGCGUCCACGAUCUUCUGUCGGGCGUACUUCAAGCCGCUGCUGCUGCCCUGACGUGCGGCCGACGAUGUGGACCCUGUGGACCAUGUGGACGGUGCGGACGGUGCGGACGACGAGCAACAGCUGAGGAUCAACGGAUGCGACGACACGAAUGCGACACCCUAAAAGACAUGACGACCAAAAAGAAAACAAAGCAACCAGAAAACGCUUAACCUAACCACAUCAAUGGACAACAACAAGAAAUUCGAAAACCUAAUUUGACUUGUAAAUGACUUGAACGUAAAUCUUAAGUACUUAAUGUUUAUUA